AUCGCGCGGAAUCGGCUUAGAACUGAGCGUGGGAGAAAAGGGAGUGUUCCAGCGUCCCUUCGUUAGUGCGGUUUUCCUCUACUCCGCCUGAUUCUCGGCCUAGCCAUGCCUCAAGUAAUGUCAGAAAUCAAAGACUUCUUGCUAACAGCAAGAAGAAAGGAUGCAAAAUCUGUGAAAAUUAAGAAAAAUAAGGACAAUGUCAAGUUCAAAGUACGGUGCAGCCGGUACCUCUAUACAUUAGUCAUCACAGACAAAGAAAAGGCUGAGAAACUCAAACAGUCCCUGCCUCCAGGUCUGGCAGUGAAAGAGCUGAAGUGAACAGUUGGAUUCUCUAGAUGUUGUCCAGAUUUUAUUGAAUAAACAAGAAUAAAAAUUG